AAAAGAAAAGAAUCAAAACCAUGAAGUUUCUGACAUUUACAGGAUGUCAGAAUUUCCUCCCUCUUACUAUAAAGCCACGACAGAAAGAUGGACGAAGAUAGAAGAUACUUUGGCCGAACUACUUCAUCAAAUUUUUCAUUCAGGAAAUUUACCCGGAAAGAGAUUAUUAGAUUUUGGUUGUGGUCCAUUCAUUUACAGAAUGGCAUCUGCUAGUCUUCGAUACAAUGACAUUGUUCUUGCCGAUUAUUCGGAAACCAACAGGAAAGAAAUACAGAAAUGGUUAAACGAGGACCCCAAUACUUUCGAUUUGACUCCGUUUCUCGCCAGAACCGCCAUUUUGGAAGGUUUCGAAGAAAUUAAAGAAGGAGUGAAGCGGAUCGAAAGAAGAAUUCGCCAGAGCGUUAAAACGGUCAUCGGUUGUGAUGGACUGAGUGACCAGAUACUUCCCAAAGGAAUCGGAAAAUUCGACGUUAUCACUUGCUUCUAUUGUAUCACUAAUUUUGCAUUCAGCGACGAGGAACAUAAGAAAUUUUUGCGGAAACUUUCCGCAUAUCUUAACGAUGACGGUGUCGUAAUCGUCAUAACCGUUUUUGGUGUAGAUAAAUAUCAACUGCACCAAUGGAUCGAUCAUUAUCCUUGCAAGAAAGAAUCCAUCCGGCAAAUAAUUAAAGAUGGCGGUUUUCGGGUACAGAAGUGGUACAGUCACGAAAAUACCACUCUGCCCGAACAUCAGUGUUUAUAUACCUUGAUUAAACUACGAUCGUAACGUACACGCUCUUACUGAGCCUUAAAGCUCGAUAAAGUGCCAAUGUGUCAAAAUGGCAAAUAAGUGAAUCCGAAUAUAUUUCUGAACUAAUUAAUGUUUUUUAUAUCCUUCCUAAUGUCUCAUAGGAAACUUA